CCCGGGUGGCGUCUGAGGACGCGCACGCACUUUGGCGUGCCCUGAUCGGGUGCGCGCACGUCGGCGUCCUGCAGAGUCCGAGUGAGGCGGAGGGAAAGAAAAAAAAAAUCAGCCCCUUUUACCCCUCCUCCUCCUCCCGGAGAGGAUCGGAUAAGCGCCAUCAGGCAGUGAAGGCUCUGAGUGUCAGCCCUUCCCCCCCCACGACAAUGGCCAGAUUGGAGCAAGUACUGAUCCUUGAUCCGCCCGUCGAGCUCAAAUUCAAAGGUCCAUUUACAGAUGUUGUGACUACAAACCUCAAAUUGAAAAACCCAGCAGAUAGGAAAGUAUGCUUCAAAGUGAAGACUACAGCACCACGUCGGUACUGUGUCCGACCUAAUAGUGGGAUUAUUGAUCCUGGAACAACGGUUACUGUUUCUGUAAUGUUGCAGCCCUUGAAGGAUGAUGGACUGAGGCUGAGGAAGGCAGCUCAGUCAGGCAACCCAGUGUCUUCCACAUCUAGUGUUACACUCAGAGACAACGGCUCUACUGCUCUUCCCUCCCUCCUUGUUGUAAUUGCAGCCAUUUUCAUUGGAUUCUUUCUAGGAAAAUUCGUCUUGUAGAGGAAGCAUGCGAGUUGUUGAGGCCUGAAAUGUUCUGUUGAUCUGCCAUAUCAUUGGUAGUAUGGCUCACAGUGACCAUGUUUGUGUACAGCAUCUUACAGGCCUUGCCUUUAAUGAUCUCACAGUUAGAACACAAAUUACUUUCAGUUCUUGGAUAAUUGGAGUUGUACAUUGUCAAAUACAUCAAUAGCAGCUGUCUCAAGGUUUUACAUAAAGGUCCUUGGAAAUAAUGAGUUGUUCUCUCUGUGGUUUAAUAAGAGUUGAAUGAAAUGUUAAGUGUCUUGUAAAUGUUAUUUUAAUCCUUUUAAAUUUUGUUACCUGUUGCUGGAUUACCUCUUGAAAUUCUUCAUUUUAUAGUCAGGUUGCUCAUGCCACUUGUUUACCAGUGAUGAAAGAUGUGCUGAAGAAAAGGUGCCUCCUUGUAAAUUACAAUGCCCCUCCCCCCUCCAUUCCUUGCUGCUGAAGGCUGAUGAGUUUAAAAAUGCAAAGAUUUUCCCUAGCUACAGAAACAUCUCCCCCCACCGUGAGGCAAAUGUUGAUUGAAAAAUCUCCAUUCUUACCAAUCCUGUCCCAUGGUAUUUAACAAAAAUAAAAUCUUUAACACGUUAAAACUAUUGUGUAUUUUUUCUGUCUCUCUUAUUUUGGCAGGUAUACCUCAGUUUCUUGUCUUUGAGCAUGUGGAAUUUAUGGAUUUGAAUUUAUGCCUUUGUUAAAAGUUGCUUUUCUCUCUCAUUUUCUCCCCUCCCUGGCAAGUCUUUACUCCAUAUACUGUUCCUAAUAAAAGGUGACCUGCUACUGGUGCUGCUGUCUGAUCAGCUGGCACAAGUGGCAUGAGUUACCUUGCCCUGUAGUUAUUUUUCUUUGUCUUUCAUGGAGAAAUUAUGUCCCACUGUAUUGGGAAGAGCCUGUGUUGUACCACAUAACACAAUCCAAAUUAAGGCCAUUACCAUCCUUUCAAACACUUAUGUUCACAAAGUCUACUUAUAAUGUAUACGGCAGUGGUUUUUUUUAAAUAAUUAUGUUUUAUGAUGUAGAUUGUAGAAUUAUUAAUUGAUAAUUCUACUUGUCUGUAAAUUAAGUUUUAUAUUUUCAUCAUCAUCUGUCAUGUUAAAUUUGGAUAACCAAUGUGGUACAUCUCCUAUUCAUGUAUAGUUACUAUAUAGCAAACAGAAUGCACUCAAUAAAGUGCCUAUUGCCCUUGAACAAGCAAGAGUUGUGGUACAAUAUGUUGAACAAUAUGAAGGAAGGCUAUUAUGAGUAUAGCUGUGGUGAAUUGUGAAGAGACAUUGCCGGCAUAUUUGUCUGAUAGUGAAAAGAAUUAUGAUUCUCUGCUUGAUUCCACACUUCUGUUUAACACCAUCCUGUUGAUCUGGAAAACUUUCCCCAUGUUGACAGAUUGUGCAGUCAUCUUUGCACAUCUUUGCACAUCUUUGUCCCUGCCAACAGUCUCUCAUCCUCAAAUCUACCACCUCAAUCACACCAAAUCCAGGUACUUAACCCAUUGUUGCUUCUGUGUCUCACUUUUCCAGCACUACUGAACACUAGGCAUGCUUUCCUAUUGCUGAUAGACCAUAAUCAUGUUUCAGUACUGAGACCCCAGUGUUCUUUCUCCCCUCCCUGGUAAAUUUUGAAAUUUCACAGGACUGCGAAGAUUAUGUUUUCAUUCUGUAGUCCUGUUAUACUCCCAAGACCACUUGGUGAAAUGCUACUAAUCAUACUGAACCAUCCCGCAAGAUCUUUCGCAAAUAUCUAAAUGCCAGGUAUCUACCUCUAAUCUGGCUCUCUUGUUUACUGUAAUUCUGUACUUUGAGCAAAAAAUAAAGAUAACUAACGUAAAUUAAAGAAACUGCCUUGGAAAAUCCACUAAGAUAAAAAUUAACAAACAUUUCAUUGAGAAAUUAAGAUUGCAAACUCAAUUUCUAGUGACUUUUGCACAAGUUUUUAAUCUUUUGAUAUGCAAUUUAAGCAGCCUUUUAAUAUUGAAACUGUCUUGCAUUUUUGUCAUAUCUAUUCAACUACAUAAUCCUGGCUGUUCAAGUACAUUAUUACUGCUGUCCCUGAUGCUGCUUCUCUGAAAUGACUAGUCACAUUUAUUCCUAAAGUUUAGCUAUAAUUUACAUUGGCACAGUGGGUUCAGUAGCCUGAAGUCUGUCCUGUUUGAUUCUAGGAUAAUUUCAGUCAAUGCCGUGUUGUGACUAGUAUGACUACCUAAGCAUGGGAGUUUGGAUAUUCUCUGGUUUAAUUUACUUUAGUGGUGUCCUUCCACAUGACUGGUAGUCUGUGUAAUUUUGGGUACAGAAGGAAGAGAUUUUUCCUUUUGAAUGAAUUCACUAUCUAUUCUGGGCAUCUAUUCUAACUGCCUGGUUAGAGAUAAUUUAUGGACCAUUGAUAGAGCUGCUAUAAAUCUGUUUGCUUUUCUUGUUCAAAAUUUCAGUCCCUUCCAAUUCCCUCAUUGGUACUCUGGCUGCUUGUAUCCCUUUGCUAUCUAGAGCAAAUAGCAAUUUUGAGAGCUCAGGGGAGGAUUAGCAUGCUAUUUAACUGGCAUCCCAGUUGAGUCCAGUCCUGUUCUUUGGUUGCAUGUGCACGUUGCCACAGAGGCUACUGGGCACUAAUUGGGAGCAGAAACUCAGGCUAAUGUUUUCUGUCUUUUUUUCCCCCUUUCUCCUCAUCACUCUCACAUUGGGGCUAAUUGUACUUGUUGCAAUCACAGCUCGGCAAGCUCAGUGCACAUCAGAAAUUGACUGCUGACUUUUGACCUAUAUGACACAAUACUUCAUUAAAUUCAUGGAACCAUUAGCCAUUUAGCUUCUGACCGCUUGCACCAUCCACAUAAAAGCUGUCUGACAUUUGAUCUUUUGUCUGAAUAGCUAAUGGACAAGGCAAUGUUGGGAGAGCAAUAACCUCUCUUUCAGACUGGAAAGUGAAAUGAGGUUCUAGCUAUUUUUAUAUCCAAAGACCUAUUGUCAAGCGUUGAAUUGGAUGACGACAGUCAGAUUUUGAUUUGAUGGUCCCUUCCUAACUAUUUUUUCUCUAUUGGUAGUUUUUGAAUAAGUGUAACUGCUGGAAAAAUGUUCCAUUCAGCAGGUGUUACUAAGACCGUAAGACUAAGGAGCAAAAGUAGGUCAUUCAGCCUCUCGAGUCUGCUCUGCCAUUCAGUGAAAUCAUGGAUGAUCUGAUUAUUGUUAACUCCACUUUCCUGUCUUUUCUACAUAACCCUUCAUUCCCUUAUUAAAAAUAAAGAUGAAAAGCUCUUGAGAACAUUGGUUUUGUGAAACAAAAUGGUGAUUGCCAAUUUAGGAGUCAAUAACAAUCAAGAUGAUUACCCAAUCAGUCACUUAAGAGACCAUCUAAGAUGAAGAAAUUUGAAUUUGGUUUGCUGUAGAGAGGGAUUCUGAACAGUAGUUCUCUGUCUGUUGAAUAGUAGCAAUCUUUAGAGCAAGUUCCGAUAUUCAAUAAUUGGAAGUUUUACUCCCCCACCUCACCACACACACGUGUACACACUGGUGAAGACCAGAUAUUGUCAGACUAUAGUCAAAGACAACUGAAUGGAGAUCAACGAUGGAAGAAGUGAAAACGAAUUUGAAAAGAAAGUUGAAAGCUGUGCUUCAGCCUCAGUGAUCAGACCUUUGCAGUCUUGCUGACCUUGAGAGGAAAUGACAUUGGAUUAGAUUUAAUUCAGAAUGUGGUCUAGAGAUGGUAGGUGAUAACAUGACGUUGAAGGUCCUAUGUCUCAUAAGCUAUGAUAUAUAUUUUAUGUGGAAUAUAACAUCAUCUAAUAAAAUAACCAAUUCAAAUUUGGAUAGUCUAGUUCCUGUUCCUAUUCCAUAUUCAAUCGUGUCUUUAAUGUGUUGUUAGCUUCUAAAGUAUACUCCAUUACUGAAUAAUUCAAAAUAAUGUGUUUAGAACCAACUAAAUGCUAUUUUUAAAUUCCACUGCAUACACUAUAUAAUGUGAUACUGUUUUUACUUUGUUGUAAGACAGUUAUAACUAUUUGAUUUUUGUGUUGCUAAAUCAACUUCUCGUGCAAUAAUUGACGUGCUUGAGUGAUAUACUAUAAAAUGUCCCAUAGAUUUGAUUUACUCUGUUUCAGCCGCUGUACUUUUAAAAACAAAAUUGUAGUUGCUUUAAGUGUUUAAUUAAAUUUUGGCCAUGUAAGUAUAGUAAACAGUUUAUGUAUUAGUUUCUUGUUAUUACUGUGUAAUCUCUGGCAGUAACCAGCUGCUGUCCAGUUGCAGGCAAUUACAUGUACUACACAUUCAAAAGUAAGUUAAUUAUUUUAAAAAGUUUGUGGUUUAAGUUUGACUUUAAAGACACCAAUAAAAAGUCAAGAUAACCCAAA